UCCUGCUCCUAGGAAACUUUGAGCAUAGGAAUGAAGAUGGCUGCUGGGCAAGAGGAAGACAAUUACAUCAACUUUAUAGAAAUGAAAUUUAUUAACAAUUCGCUUUACUUUCUGUCUGAUAAUUAUUACAACAUGGAAUCAGAUUACUUCAGCAAGCUUGGACCACCAAAAUUUGCAAUCAUACGAAACGUGAAGGACCAAGUUCUCUUCAUUAACCAGGGGAAACAACCACUGUUUGAGGAUAUGCCUGAUUAUGACUGUAGAGAUAAUGCACCCCAGACUACAUUUAUAAUAAAGAAGUAUAAAGAUACCAAACCUAGAAGUCUGCCAGUAUCCCUCUCAGUGAAGUAUAUGAAUAAAACCCAUACUGUGUCCUGUGAGAACAAGACUAUUAACUUUAAGGAAAUCAGUCCUCCGGAAGCUAUCAGUGAUACAAAAAGUGAUGUCAUAUUCUUUAUGAGAAACGUUAGAGGACGUGAUAAGUGUCGAUUUGAAUCAUCCUUGUACCCAGGGUUAUUUUCUUGCUUCUCAAAAAGACAGACCUUUACAAACUCAUUUUGA